AUGACCUUGAGAGCGGUAUUGGUAUCCCUGCGUACUCCCCUCAGAUCGGCCAGACAUCAUCCUCUCUCACAAUUGCUCUCCACUCGAACCCUCCGAUCUUCAGCCACAUCCAGAGCCCCUGAGCCUUCCACAGCUCCUUUCCCCGAACCCACUGGUAUCAACCCAGCAGAAAAGACUGCAUCUCUAUCUUCUCCUCUUCAUCGCUAUGGUCAAUACCUCCUCACAUGUCUUCCCAAAUACAUACAGCAGUUCUCCGUCUGGAAAGACGAGCUCACAAUUUACAUCCCACCAUCGGGUGUCAUCCCCGUGCUCACUUUUCUGAGGGAUCAUCAGCAAUGUCAGUAUAAGCAGGUCAUGGACAUCACCGCUGUCGACUAUCCCACCAGAUCUAUGCGAUUUGAAGUGGUAUACAAUCUCCUCUCCAUCGAACAUCAAUCCAGGAUUCGAGUUAAAACCUAUGCCGACGAAGUCACCCCUGUACCAUCCGCUGUGGGUAUCUACAGCGGUGCCAACUGGUACGAACGAGAGGUCUGGGACAUGUAUGGAGUCUUCUUCAGUGGUCAUCCAGAUCUCCGACGUAUCCUCACAGAUUAUGGUUUCGAGGGACAUCCUCUACGGAAAGACUUUCCAUUGACUGGAUACUCUGAAGUACGCUACGAUGAGGAGAAAAAGAGAGUUAUAUACGAACCUUUGCAGCUCACACAGGCGUUCAGAAACUUCGCCGACGCCGCCUCUCCUUGGGAGCAAGUCGGCUCAGGCGACCCCAAUGUUCGCCCAGAGAAUUUCAAAAUCCCACCUCCACCCCCACCCAAGGAAGAGAGCAAGGAGCAGAAGAAAUAG